AUGACCACGAAACCUCGAUGGAGGGCCCUGCUAGCCCUCGUCUGCACCGUGUCGCACUGCAGCUUUGCUACCACGACGGACUCCGCAGCCCCCGAGCAAGCGGUGACCUUCAGCCAUGUCUAUAACAUCGACAUUCCAGGGGGUGCUGCUUGUAAACUGGAGCGGCUGCCGAGGCAGGAUGAAAAAGGUCUGCAGAUGGAGAGCACAAAAAUUGACGAGAACGACAUCAUCUUCAGGCACAACAUCAGAUUGCAGUCGCCCAAGUGCGACUGCGGGGAGUCGGAGGCGUUCAAGUCUCUCCUGUACAGAGUGAAUGGCUUGGAAGAGGAAGUCAACUACCUCAAGAGUCAGUGCGCUCAGGGAUGUUGCGGCGGCGGAGGUGCAAUUGGUGUGGACACAAAUUGCAACGACCGUGGUACCUACCAGCAGGAAACUUGCAGCUGCCUCUGUUACCCCGGAUGGGAAGGCCCAGACUGCUCGGUGUCCUCUUGUGUGGACGAGUGCAACGACAACGGCCGCUGCGUGGAUCGCAAGUGCGUCUGCCACCAGGGCUACACGGGAGAAGACUGCAGUGAGCUGAUGUGCCCCAACAACUGCAACGACAAGGGUCGCUGCGUGGAGGGACAAUGCGUUUGCUUCCCGCACUUCACUGGCGACGACUGCGGCGUCCAGAAGUGUCCCAAUGACUGCAGCCGGAACGGCCUUUGUUUUGAUGGCCAGUGUGUCUGCGACCAGGGCUUUUACGGAGAAGACUGCUCAUUAGCUCUGAGUCCUCAAGGUCUAAGGCUGGUCCAGGCAACUGAUGUCUCUCUCUUGGUCCAGUGGUCUCCAGUUCCUGGGGCCGACUAUUACGUUUUAACAUAUCAUCCCCGAGGUCAAGGGAGCGCCUUGAAGCAGGUUCAGGUUCCCAACAGGGAUAGCUCUUAUCUCCUCACGGGCCUUGAUUCUGGGCUUACCUAUUUUGUCGAAGUCCAAGCUGUCAUCAGAGGCAUCCAGAGUGGAGCGGAUGAGAUCGAAGCCGCCACGGCUGUCUCAACUGUCAGCGACAUCCGAGUUCUGGACCGUACAGACGUCUCAAUCCAGGUGGACUGGAGCAACCCGCAAGCGGAGGUGGACCACUUCCGGCUCACGCACACCGACCCAUCAGGACAAGAGGAGGAGCUGAGCGUCCAGCCAAGCCAAGAGGCGCGGACCAAACACACCAUCAUGGGUCUUUAUCCAGGAACAGAAUACUUGAUUGCAGUCCAAGCUAUCAAAGGACCAAUUGAGGGGAACUCUUCCACGGUCACAAGUUCUACAAACAUCGACGCCCCAACAAAUCUGGUCACCACGGAAGCAACAGAAGACACCGCAACGGUUUCUUGGGACCCAGUCCAGGCCCAAAUCGAGGGCUAUAUGUUGACGUACACCUCAGACUCGGGUUCCAGCGGUGAGAUCCCUAUUGGGCGCGACAUGACUUCAUACACGCUGGUUGGCCUGAAACCUGGCGUGGUGUACAACAUCAACAUCUGGGCCUUCAGGGGGAACAAGGUCAGCCCGAAGAGUUUCACCGUGGCUGAGACAGAGAUGGAUGUUCCUACUAACCUCUUGGCCCAGAAAGAAACUGAGAGCAGCUUGAAGGUAUCAUGGGAUGGCGUCCAUGCAGAAAUCGACGGCUACGUGUUAACCUAUAGUUCUCCUGACGGCUUGAGUGAAGAAAUCCCGCUUGGACCUGACAGUAGAACUUACACAAUUAAAGGUUUGAGGUCUGGAGUUGUCUAUACAGUCCACAUCCGGGCUGUCAAAGGGAACAAAGUCAGCAAGAAGGUCUCAACACAAGCAGAGACAGAACUGGAUGCUCCAGCUAACCUCUUAGUCCAUGAUGAGACGGAGAGCAGCUUCAGGGUGUCAUGGGAGGGCGUCCAUGCAGAAAUCGAUGGCUACAUGCUGAAGUACCGUUCCCCCGACGGCUCGAGCGAGGAAAUCCUAGUUGGACCGCACAUGAGCACCUACACAAUCAGAGGCUUGAAACCUGGAGUCACCUACACAGUCCGCAUCUGGGCCGUCAAGGGAAAUAAAGCCAGCGGGAAGGUCUCAACACAAGCACAGACAGAACUGGACGCUCCUGCUAACCUUUUAGCCCACGAUGAGACAGAGAGCAGCUUCAAGGUGUCGUGGGAUGGUGUCCAGGCAGAAAUCGACGGCUAUGUCCUCACCUAUAGCUCUUCGGAGGGGUUUAGUGGGGAAAUCUCUCUGGGACCAGACACCACUUCCUACAGCCUCACGGGCUUGAGACCUGGCACGAUGUACACUAUCUACAUCUGGGCCGUCAAGGGAAGCAAACUCAGCAGGAAGAUCUCAACACAAGUAGAAACAGAACUGGACGCUCCUGCUAACCUUUUAGCCCACGAUGAGACAGAGAGUAGCUUCAAGGUGUCGUGGGAUGGUGUCCAGGCAGAAAUCGACGGCUAUGUCCUCACCUACAGCUCUUCGGAGGGCUUUAGUGGGGAAAUCUCUCUGGGACCAGAUACCACUUCCUACAGCUUGACGGCCUUAAGACCUGGUGUAGUGUACACUAUCUACAUCUGGGCCAUCAAGGGAAGCAAACUCAGCAGGAAGAUCUCAACACAAGCAGAAACAGAACUGGACGAUCCCGCCAAUCUUUUAGCCCGAGACCAAACCGAGAGCAGCUUCACAGUAUCCUGGGAUGGCGUCAAGGCAGAAAUCGACGGUUAUGUCCUCACCCACACUUCCUCGGAGGGCUCAAGUGGGGAAAUCCGCAUUGGUGCCGAAAGUGAUUCUUACAGUCUGACUGGUUUGAGGCCUGGUGUCAUCUACACAGUCUACAUCUGGGCCAUCAAAGGAGACAGACCCAGCAGGAAGAUUUCAGUCAAAGCAGAAACAGACAUUGACGCUCCGAAGGACCUUCGGGCUUUAGGUGUCACCACAGAGUCGGCAACAUUGAGCUGGGCCGCUCCUUCGGCUGACAUUGAGGGCUACGUCCUAACCUACAGGGAUGAGGACGGCAACGCGGAGACUGUCGAGAAGCAGCUUGGACCCGGCGAGACCAGCUUUGCCGUUUCGAGCCUCCAGAUGGCCACGAGAUACACGGUCACCGUCGUCGCUUACAGAGGGAGCAAGCGGAGCAAAGCGGCGGAAACCAGCUUCAAAACGGUUGGCCUCAUGUACCCCUUCCCCAUGGACUGCCUUCAGAUCAUGAAAAAUGGCAUCAAGAAGAGUGGCAUCUACACCACAUACAUCAACAAUGACAGGUCCAAACCGAUAGACGCAUAUUGCGAUAUGGAUACCGAUGGAGGCGGCUGGCUGGUCCUCCAGCGCCGCACUACUGGCAAACUGGACUUCUUGAAACGCUGGAGGCAGUACGUAGCUGGUUUUGGCAACAUGGCCGACGAGUUUUGGAUCGGGCUGGAGAAGAUCCACCAGAUGACCGACACGGCCACCCAGUACGAGGUGAGGUUCGAUUUGGGCCUCGGCUCCGAGAGGGCCUACGCCGUCUACGACAGCUUCAAGGUCGGCUCCUCCAGACAAAAGUUUGCGCUCGCCAUCGGCAACUACAGAGGGACAGCAGGUGACGCAAUGACCUACCACCAAGGUCGGCCCUGGACGACUGUGGACUCUGAUAACGACAUUGCCCUCGGCAACUGCGCCCUAACGCACCGCGGGGCCUGGUGGUACAAAAACUGCCACCUGGCCAACCUCAACGGCAAAUGGGGAGACAACAGGCACAGUUUGGGAGUCAACUGGGAGCCGUGGAAAGGUCACCUGGUUUCCCUGGACUUCACCGAGAUGAAGAUCCGGCCGGCGGGAGCGUUCUCCAGCAGGAAGAGGCGCUCGUUGAAGGUCAGAGAGAAGAACCAACAGAACCGACAUCAGGUCAAGUCCAAGACUGCCAGCCAGUUGUAGAUCUCACUCAAAUUUGGAUGUAUUCAGAGUGAGCCUGACCUCUUUAGAAUUUAGUCCAACUUGCUUGGUGCAAAAUUAUCAGCAUGAAAUUUUAGUAAGACGAUUUUGGAAAAUACGUGGAUCCGUUUCUAUAGCGCUCGUCCUCUUUUAGCUGGAGCGCAUCCCGUCCGACUUUGGGCGAGAGGCAAAGUGCCGCCUGGACUCGUCACCAGCGGGGCACAUAUGGACAAGCAACCGUUCACAUUCCCACAUUCACGCCUACGGACAAUUUGGAGCCUUCAGUGGCCGAUGAAGCCAAAGUACCCGGAGAAAGUACAAGCAAGCACAAGGGCCCGAGAUUCAAAGAUCCGAAAGCGGAAAGCUCUCGACUGUGAGAAACACAAUGCAACUUCUGCGUCUCAGUAUUGGAAACUAUUGCACCCAUAAUUUUCGUGGGCAGCGUCCCAUUUUUGGGACAUCAUGAUUUUCACGCAGUAUAUCCUUCAGUAUACAGUAUCAAAAUAUUUAAGUGUUUUAAUCUGAAAUUAUAAUUUGGUAUCUAAGAAAACCCAAGUACCCUUUUCCCAUUUUUGGGACAAGAUUAUCAAUUAGUAAAAGUUAUCAUAUAACUUAACCAUAAAUGAAAAAUAAGUGUUAUUUCCUUGAUUGUGGCCUGUUAGGAAACUUUUAUCUCAAUAAGGCAAAAAAUUGCCACUCUGCCCAUGAAUGGAUUCAUUAAUUAUUUUUUUUUUAUUGCAAAACAGUUAGUAGAGACACAUUUUGUAGGGCCAACAAUUGAAAAAUUCUCCUCAGGACUUAUUUUUGGGUCACUUGUCUCCAUGUGAAACUUACCCACAAUGUUACAUACAUGAGCAGAUUUUCAAAUUAAUAUGAAGUCCACUCAGAAAAAAAAAUAAAAAAUCUAUUUACUCAUCUGCCUUAGCUUAAAUACUAUUAGUCUGAUAGAUAAUUUCAUUUCGACCAUCUUUUACCUUUAUUAAAUUGAUGGAUUGUACAGUUCUGAAUGAAGUGAUGGCGACCACAAGGUGGAUGUAUUGUUAAAUUCCACAAUGCGAUUCUAUACUAACACCUCAAGGCAAUAACAAGCCUUCCGGUCUGCUCGGCAACACUGAAAAGUUGGGGGAACAUCACCGUAAUAUCCUGUCAAAAGUUCCAUACUAUGAUGGAGGUAAAUAUCAAUUUUCAAACCAGUUGAGUAAAAUUGGGUAAAUACUUGUGGCACAACUGAUGUACUCUCGUGGAAAAUGUGUUGGGGAUUACUGGUACACGCAGCAAUAUUCAUAAAUUUCAGUUACUGAUUGUUUAACACUGGGCCAGACUCUUCUCCAGCGCCUGCAUUCAAUUUUUGUUCAUUUGUUGGUGUAUAAGUUUUAGUUUUUAUGAGGAAACUAGCAUAUUUCCCAUCAC